AGAAAGUUCUUGUCUCGUUAUUCCAUUUUCUCCGACUUACCAUCUGCAUCAUCGAAUUCGCGGCGAUCUAUUGGCCCUCUCACAACACCUUCCCCAUCUCCUGCCGUAUUGAUGUCUCGAUUUAUCCUCUUGUGCAGUUUCUGGUACACUACAUCUGCACUUUCGUCAAAUACUGGCAAAACUAUCCUCAAUCAAUGGAAUCACCCUGUCACCCUGACAAUUGUACAAUUUGCAUUCGUCGCAGGGUACUGCCUACUCUUCAUGUCGCCAGUCAUCCAAUUUACAAGAUUGCGUCCGCCAACUGGCGCCAUUUUGCGAAGCACCCUGCCCAUGGGCAUGUUCCAAGUUGGUGGUCAUAUGUUCUCUAGCAUCGCAAUUUCCAAAAUACCCGUCAGCACCGUUCAUACUAUCAAGGCUCUAUCUCCACUGUUCACCGUUGCCGCUUACGCCAUACUUUUCGGCGUCAAGUACUCUCCAAGGACGUACUUCUCUCUACUGCCCCUGAUCAUUGGUGUCAUGCUGGCAUGUACGUUCGAGUCCGCUUCAAAUCCGACAGGUCUCAUUUGCGCAUUUGGUUCUGCCCUUGUGUUCGUCAGUUCCAAUAUCUUCUUUAAGAAGAUUAUGCCGUCAGGGUCACAGACAUCGUCAAACAAGUUAGACAAACUCAACUUGUUAUUUUAUUCUUCGGCCAUGGCAUUCGCAUUGAUGAUCCCGAUUUGGUGCUUCACCGAUCUUCCCCUUCUCGCUGCUGACUCUGUUCAUGUCACGCACCCGGCUCGUGGACAUGAGGCUCCUCAUUCCAUCCCGUAUUAUUUCUUCAUGAACGGCACCGUCCACUUUGCGCAGAACAUCAUCGCAUUUGUAAUCCUCUCCAGUACCUCUCCUGUGACGUACUCUAUCGCCUCUCUUAUCAAGCGCGUCGCUGUCAUCUGUAUCGCCAUAGUGUGGUUCAACCAAAAUGUACACCCCAUGCAGGGUCUCGGUAUUGGGAUGACCUUUCUUGGUUUAUACCUGUAUAACACGGCGAAGAGUGAUGUUGAGCGAGGGGAGAACAGGAUGCGCAGGGUGGAGGCGACGCGGGACAUGAUGCUCCCCAUUAAUCGGAUAGAUGAGAAGCUAUUGAAUGGGAGCUCGCCAUCAUCCCCCGUCCCUGGCACGCUGGGGCUUCCGGUGGCCGCAGCCACAGGAAUGGGGGCACACCCUGCUGCUGGCCGACCUCGGGUGCAGAUAUCCACAAAUGCGCAUCCACACCCAGAUUCGUAUGGGAACGGGCAUGGGCAUCCUAACCAAAUUCCUUCACAAGACCCUUUGUCCAUCUUUUCAAAGCGAAAUCCCAUUUCGCCUACAGAACCAUACCCGUCACCGCCUCCCUCCCUAGACUCGCCGACUUCCAAUACGGUCCCUAUU